AUGAAAAUCGGUGUCGACGUGGACGCCCUGGUAACCUUCUCUGGAACGCUGAAACGCUUGAUGCAGGUAGACCCGAGAGGAGGGUACUUCCUUCAGUCCGACGUGGAGCUCGCCAUCAAGAGGUGCGCCAUUAAGGAGGCCCACUCCACGAUGUGGGAUGGGUGGUGCAAACUCAACGAGUACACCCAUGAGGAGGGGUACAAGAAUAGCGCAUACGUGGUCAGGGUCAUGCUGUCCCACGUUCGCAACAAGGCCGACGACUUCAACAAGCUGGGGGCGAGCGGGCAGGCGAAGGCUCGCGAGUCGUCUCACCCACAGGAGCUACGUGACAUUUACAACGUCAUCGACGUUGACAAGGGGGCGGCUUCAGUGAGAAAGACUCGCCCGCACCCGCUGCCAGCUUUCAGGGCAGCGCAGGACGCCUCGAGCGAGGAGGAAGUCGUCCCUGUCUUGAAACGGUUCGACGUCAGCACUGGGGAGUCCUACUUGGCAAUGUCAGACGGGUCCCGCGAGAUGGCCAAGUUCAAGUGCGGAGAGCAGGGGCGACUGGUCGCCGCGUGGCCUGAGUACAACAUGGAGUUGCAACUUGAACUACCAAAUUCUGCUUUGAAAGAUGAUGGGGCGAUCGACUACACGCAAGCAGACCCGCGCAAGCCGCCCAAGGCCGGCCACAAGACCAAAAAAGGAAAGCCCGCGAGUGCUCGGAAGAGGCCAGCUGGCGCAGAGGCCAGGAGGGGAUUGCAAGGGUUCCCUGGCAGAGACAGCAACGAACUUGCGACGUGCUACGCUGUCGCGGUUGAUGGCGGCACCAUCUCUCUUCGUGAUCUCCACCGCUCUCCUUGCUUCUACGUGGACCGCGUGACCGAGAUCCCCGAGAAUUUCCCUGGGCUCGGUGACGACGCCGUCGUCGCCAUGUUCGAAGGCAAGAAGUUGAACAAGAAAGGCGGGGUGCAGUUUGGUUUCGGCGACGACGCGGACUUGGCCUUCAAGGCGGCGGAACUUCUAAGGCCAGCGAUCGACAACGCGGCCGCAGACAUCAUGAACUACAUGCCGCCCGUGCCAGCUCACGUCGUGAUGCUGCAUUGCCCGCGCGUCAUCAUGGCCAACGGUGAGUUCAGGAACACGUCAGACAGGAGGAUGGAGUGGAGUCCUGCUCGGGUUCGCGGCUCCGAGUUUCGAGGGCAGUGGUUGUGCCUGCAGUGCGGCUUCAUCGUUACCGACACGGACGUCAACAACAUUGCAGUUGAGCGCUUGCCCAUCUGCCCCAUGCAUGGCCAUCGAGUAUACGCGCUCGACCACUUGGAGAACACGUCCUUCUACAGCUGCGCUUCCGCCGCUCACGACGACCAAGCCGACCCUGCCGCGUUCGAGUGCCCAUUCGACUAUGCCACUCAGCACCCGUUCGUCUUGCAGCCAGCCCCCGCGCCGAUAGAGGUGAUACAGCAAGACCCCGUGCCGAUAGAGGUGACCGAUGAGGAAGAAGAUGCCACGUCGCAGGACAGCCUCAUUACGGUGCCAGACCCUGGAGAAGAAGAUGAAGAUGUCGCUCGGCUUCGUAGUAUCAUGGAAGGCCCCUGGGAGCCCGACAGCCCAGCCUCGAGCAUUUUCGAGGAUAGCGUGGCACGGCUAGUAGAGAUAUUUAGCAGCUCUUGA